GCUUAGAGCGAAAUUGAAAGGGUUCCUUGAAGACGUUAAUGAACAGAGAACGGAGACUCAGACCAAACAGAAGAUGAUGGAUGAACUUCUGGAACAGUAUAAGAACACACAUCACGAACAAAGCGAAACCAUCAAAAAGUUAUGUAACGAACGUGACUCACUAGUGUUGUGUGUGGAGAAACAACGAGAGGAGAUAAAGGAGUACAGCAUGAAGAUCGACGAUAUGGGCGGCGUAUUCGGCAAGUCGACUGAGGCGUUGAAGAAGCUCAAGUGA